UUCCUACUGUGGAAUACUGGUUACUCUCUUUCCUUCUUGGGUUUAUUUCUAGGGUUUAAUAGGCUAAUCGCAGCUUUCAGAAACCCUAGAAUCUGUUGAUUAACAAUGUCGGUCUACUUACCGAACGAACUGUUGACGGACAUUCUGGCAAGACUACCGGUGAGAACUCUUCUGCAAAUCAGGUGCGUCUGCAAAUCUUGGCGUUCUCUCAUUAGUAGUGAUUAUUUUGUAACCUUUUGCCUCAAUCGAUCAACUCAUUUGAACAACAUCAACCACACUCACCUCCUUCUCAUUAGACACUGCACUGAACGUGAGAUACGAGAACAUUUUUAUUCAGGGAAAAAAAUAAAAAAACAAGAACACUUUUCCUUGUAUCUCGAUAACGAAGGACUCACGGAGUACCAAUUGAACAUCGAAAGGCGUCCAAUCGCAGACAUUGGUCCGUAUUUCACCAUUCUUGGCUCUUGCAAUGGUUUGGUAUGCCUUAUUGAUGAUAGCUUUGCGUCCGAUCUUUUAUAUUUGUUGAACCCCACUAUUAGUAAAUUUGUAGUACUUCCAGAACCUCGCGUUACCUCCCGUUCGCACGGCCAUUAUCAUCGUGCUCUUGGAUUCGGAUUCGAUUCCACAACUAAUGAUUAUAAGGUGGUUAGAAUUGUUUACCCCUAUGGUAGCACUACUGAGAUUGACAUUUAUUCUCUUAAGCAGGGAUGUUGGAGAAACAUUAGUGUUUCUGGUCCUAUACCUUGUAUCUGUGAUUCAUCUCAUGUUUCUCUCAAUGGGACUAUCCAUUGGGUUUCCGGAGGUGGUGAUUUUCCCGGCCAAUCCAUUGUGACAUUCAAUUUGAGUACUGAGGUAUUCUCUUGGAUGGAGCUACCAAGAAGUCUACUUUAUAAAGAGGCACAAUGUAAGUUGUCUGUUGCAGUGUUUCAAGACUCGCUUUUUAUGUUCGAGAAUGAUUAUUCCAUAGGCAAAGCGUCAAUCUGGAUGAUGAAACAAUACGGUGUUGUGGAGUCGUGGACCAAUCUAUUUAGUGUUGAUUUUGCUAGAGGAGGUUCUGUGAAAGUUAUUGGCUGGAAGAGGAAUGGUGAAGUUCUUUUGACAAAAGACAAAGAGAUGGUUUCAAUUGACAUUAAGACUCAAAAGCUCACGAAUCUUGGGAUGCACGGAUAUGACGAGGCAUUUUGUGUCAAAACUUACACAGAGAGCUUGGUGUUAAUCGACAAAGUAAAUGGAGGCUCUCAUAUUUAGCUCUUAUAUACUAUGUUUAAUUUUGAUACCUUUCUUUGAAUUAGAAAAUAAAAUAUUAUUUUGACAUAAUGUUUGGCCUCAUUCUAAAAGCAGCAAUCAAGAUCACAACAAAGUGUGAUUUAUAAUAUUUUCAUAUGGGGUAUACAAUAAUUGAUUUCUUUAUCCAGUCGCUUGAGGAGAUUGAAGAAAUAGUAGGGUAUGAAGGUCAGUCUAUUAAACAACCGUGUGUGGAACCAGAAACUGUUGCUCAUAUGUUGGGACUUGUGAGCAUUCAGAACUGCUCCUCGAUCUGCCACUGGCACUACACCUUUCAUGCUCAAAUUUUGUUUCCCAAAUCUUGGAACUAAGCUGCAGUUAUGACAUUUUUACCUUUCAUGAAUGGUAGCCCUAGACAAGACCUUUCUUUCAAUUAUUGCAGAAAUGUAAAAACUCUUCCAAUAUAGAAACUUAUGUUUGCCUUUCAUAUAGAAAAUAAAAAACCUGAAUGAAGUUAUUCUUUUAUUGCCAUCACUUCUCUUAAAUUGUUGCCACAAAUAUUUGCUGCAUGUGGGGGUGGACUCUAUCAUCUCUGAUAUAUAGCCCACAAUAAUUCUACAAAUAUUAUAUGGUACAUAGUUAUACAUCAGAGCAUCCUAAAUUUGUUUUCUUUUUUUACUUCACCUUUUGUUUGUCUCGGCAUUCCUUCUAACUAUCUAUAGAGAAUGAAAAACUCAGUUGAAAUUAGAUCGAAAACUCAUAACGAUGAGCUCAAUUUAGCAAUUGGGCAAAAGAUCCCAGUUGCUCAAACUUUGGGUCAUAAUAUGGUAUUUGGGUUCUUAUUCAUGGAUAAAUUCCAAUUUUUAACUGGCUGUUUUAUCUUGACUCUGUAAGGUUUUAUGUUAAUUUGUAUGAUUAUGCAUGCAUUUUGUGUUAUUAACAGGCAAUAUGGAAGGUUGAUCUUGAUGUGGACUUCUAUUUUUUUCUUCUGACAUUUAUGGUUAUAUGCUCAGUAAGGUGGGGAAAAAAUUAUAUUUAUGUUCCCCACUGUUUUUUAGCCUAUUAGUAGUUCUUGUAUGACAUGUAUAUGAAUGCCAAUACAAGCCUUUCAUCAAAACACCUCUUUUAAAUGCUACUUUAAUGACACCUUUGAGUGGUCAUGAUCAAUAUAAAUUUUGUGUCAGGUAUCUCUACAAGUAAGGAAUAGGUUUUAGUUGUCUUAAUGGAGAAUUAGCUACAGUUUCAAUGUUGAUCUUAUUUGUUACCUCAUUUUGUUUCACUACUUGGACAAGGAUGCACUUAACACAUUAGAGUGAUGAUAUACUUGGAUCCACUAGUUGUUAAUAUGAGACUUGACCUGAAUUAUAUUCUCUUCUUAAUGGGAAUGAUUUUAUAUGAUAGAAGGGACUAGCUAGGAGAAAGACAGCCAUUUUUUUUUUGUUCCAUAGCUUCUACGUGCCAUGUUGAAAAUGUAUUUUGCUCAUAAUCCCUUGAUUUUCUUUUAUUUUUUAAUACCAUUUUUUGGCAUGAUUUUUUUUGUUGCGCGUGCUAAAUUACUGCUGAUAUCUUUACCUCUUAUAUACUUUGUGUGGACUUGCAUUGCACUUUAACUUUCAUGCUUUUCUUUGAAUCAGAAAAUAGAAGUAUGUUUUAACAUAAUGUUUGGUUUUAUUCUAAAAGCAAUGAAGUGUGAUUUAUAUUUUCAUAUGGGGUAUACAAUUAUUGUUUUCUUUAUCAAGUUGCAAAUUUUGUUUCCCAAAAUUUGGAACUAAGCUGCAGUUAUGACCUUUGUACCUUUAGGAAUGUUAGCCCUAGUUCCCUUUUUUUUUUUAAUUAUUUACAAAAAUAUAGAAACUCUUCCAAUAUAGAAACUUAUGUUUGCCUUUUAUACAGAAAAUAAAAAAGCUGAAGGAAGUUGUUCCUUUUAUUGCCAUCAUUAAUCUUAAAUUUUUGUCACAAAUAUUCGCUGACUCUAUCAUCUCAGAUAUCAUCUUGUUAAGAUGUGUUAAAUAGUUAUACAUCAUAGCAGCCUAAGUUUGUUAUCUUUAUUUAUUUUACCUUUUGUUUGUCUAGCCAUUCCUUCCAUCUAUCGACAGAGAUUCAAAUAUUUGAUUUUUCUGCCCGUUAUUCAAACUCAUUUGAAAUUAAAUAGUAAGCCCGAAACCUCAAUUUUAUCAAUUGAGCAAAAGAUCCCAUUCUCUGAAUUACUGCCAAAGCCAGAGGACUACUAACUGGUUAUCAUACUCUGGGAGACUACAACUUUUGAAAUCCAUUCUCUUCAGUGUGUUUGAUUCAAGGGAGGUGUUCCAAAGCACUGUCUUAUCUUAGAUAUCAUCUUUAUAAGGAUGUGUUAAAUAGUUACACAUCAUAGCAGCCUGAUUUUGUUACCUUCAAAUAUUUUACCUUUUGUUUGUCUAGGCAUUCAUUCCAUCUAUCUACAGAGAAUCAAAGUAUUUAAUUUUAUGCCCGUUAUUCAAACCCUGUUAAAAUUAAAUAGUAAGCCCGAAAAAGGAGCUCAAUUUUAGCAAUUGGUCAAAAGAACCCAUUCUCUGAAUUACUGCCAAAGCCUGAAGACUACUAACUGGUUAUCCUACUCUGGGACUCUGGGAGACUACAACUUUUGAAAUCCAUUCUCUUAUCGAUUCUAGUUUACUGGUCUUCUCUGUUUAUUCUCCCCCAAAAAAUUAUUGCUGCCACACAACAAACUCUCAUGAGGUUCCUAUAGAAGGGGUCUUCUCUUGAUAAGGGUGGAUGUAAAGUUGCUUGGACUGAGAUAUGCUCUCACUCUCUGGAGGUGCGCUAAGUGUCAAGGACCUGCAGGCUUGGAACAAGGCCAUUUUUUGGAAAAACAUUUUGAAUCUCAUUUCUGGUAUCUCUGCAAACUCUAAUUUCAUUUGGUGUAAUUGAAUAUCAAUGUACCUUCUAAGAGGGAAGAAAUUUUGGGUUGUUAAAAUGUCUGUUUCAGCUUCUUGGUGCUGGAGGCAUGCUACUUCUAAGAGAAUUUCUUAGGUUCCAGUUCAAACACAUCAUUAACUUAGGCCAGAACACCUCCUUAUGGUUUGAUCCUUGGCUAUCAUGUGGCGCUAUUGUUCCUUCAAAGGGUCUUAGAGUUAUAUAGACUUUGGUGUCCCUAAAGAUGCUAAAGUUGCUGACAUUAUAUCCGAUAGAGGGUGGGAGUGGCCUGAAUCGCAUGCCAGAUAAUAUUAGGGAUAUUGGUUCUUUGAUUGCUCAACUCUGUACCUUCUAGGAUAGGGAAUGAUGUUGUUUGGUCCAGCUCCAAUAAGCCCUUCUCAGUUAAGGAUGCUUAUGAAGAUGUCAGACUCAACCAUAACUUGUGGGGCUGUUCCAGGGCUGUUUCAUCCUCUAGCUUGCUGCACCAUGAACAAGCUCCUUCAAUGGCGUACGGCUCAAUCAGACCGAUAUAUCCUUAGCAGAAGGAAUACUGAACCUGUUCGUCAUCUAUUCUUUAAAUAUCAGUAUGCCCUGAAGAGUCUGUUGCUAUUGCUGUGGGUAUCAACUAGCAAGGAAAGACUAACUUGCUUGAGAUUCUUGAAUGGAGCAAUCACAACUGUCAGUCUAGGAGGAAUUGGUACCAUCAAGUUUGCGAAAUCUUGCUUGCUGUGUCUAUACGAUUUGGAGAGAAAGAAACUCUGGAAGAUGCUCUAAUUCUUAUUUGGAUGAAUGCUCUGUGUCUCUUCAAAUCUAUAACUGUAUUGGACUUAAAAUGUUGUCCUUUCCUGCAACUAGAUUCAGCAGGCAUUCUGUUAGAUACAUUCCUUUCUGGAAUGUUUGAUUCUGUUAUUGUUUGUACUGUUGGGGGAUGCCCCUCUUAAUUCUGUGCUGUGUUUCACUUCAAAUAAAAUAGAUUACUUAUAAUAAAAAAUCCCAGUUGCUCAAACUUUACUUUGUUUUGUUUUGUUUUGUUUUUCUUUUUUGUUUUUGUUUUUGUUUUUGUUUUCGUUUUUUUUUUGUUUUUUUGUUUUUUUGUUUUUUUUUUUUCUUUUUUAAAGGAAUGUUAAGUUUGCUUAACAAUUAUAUUGAAAAAAGUUACAUGUUUAUUUUAGAACUUGUUAAUUAUGUGUCCAGAAGUAUUAAUGGAUAUUCGAAAUGAAAUAAUUUUAUUCUCAAAUAAUGAGUUCUUUUACGUAUUUAGGAGCAUUAGACAGUCUCGUAUCCAACUCAAAUACAACACAAAUAUGUCUUCUUGUUUUUUUU